AUGGAUAUAAAUGAGUCACACUCUUUAGGAACCAAACUGGACUUGACAUUCCUAGCUCUUAAUAUCAAAGGCCAAAACAGUCUAGUCACACCUCAAGAACAAAACCACAAGGCAGUCCAGAACGCUAAUGUGACAGAAACCUCUAGUGUCAAAAUCGUUGAUGAGCGCUGGAAACAUGGGACUAGGGAUUUGAACAUAUUUGUGAAAUCUGGAAAAAUGGAUUGGGAUGCUUUGAUUCCAGGAGAAGAAAGUUUCUUGAAUUAUUUCCAGAGGCAGUUUGAGUCGCUAAAGGAUCUUUUCGGUUUGUUCAUGGUGGUCAUCGGUGUAGUUGUUUUUAGGCAAACUGAGUCGCUAAAGGAUCUCCAGAAUCUAGCGGACGAGGCUACGCUUUAUGAUAAACAAUGGCAAGCAUCAUGUGGAGAUCAAAUGAAACAAAUCUAUAUUGGGAGCACACCUCUAGAUAAGCACUGGUGGGGUGGCCAAUUAGGUUUCUGUGGAAACGGUUUUAUUCAACAAACGCAUAUCGGAGCAUGGUGUAACUGGCUCGUGCAGACGAAGAAAAAUGAAAAUCCCGGAAUUGUCACAUCAUCAGUCAGUAAUCGCUGGACGUUGCUCCUGCCUCAAUUUCUCAAUCUCCUGGUAGAACAAGAUCAUGAUGCUUACGGAUAUGUAAAUGGCUCUAGCGGAAUAUAUCCUGCGUUGUGGGAUGUCGAUACGGGGAUACGGAGUGGCAUGCGGCAAUCAACGGCAAACGUGUUUGCCGAGCGGCAAACACCGCCGCCGGCAAACUUGGGACGCGGCAAAGGAGCAAAAUCGGUGAUGGAUUACCGAUUCGAGAAGAGGGAGAAGGAGAGAGAGGGAGGUGAUAAUAGCAAAGGUGAUGUACUAUGCAAGGAUGAUGAGAGGGAAGCACUUCUUGAGUUCAAGCAUGGGCUCAUAGAUAAAGCAGAUCGACUUGCUUCUUGGGUUGGUGACAAGAACGACUGUUGCAAUUGGAAUGGGAUCGUUUGUGAUAACUUUACUGGUCAUGUUCACAAGAUUCAUCUUCCAGGUAAUUGUAGUAUGAAUGAUUACAACAAAAUCGAAGAAUACGAAGAAUUCUUGAAUCAAAAAUUUAGAGGGGACAUAAGUCCAUCGCUUCUGAAUCUAACGCAACUCAAGCAUUUAGACUUGAGCUGCAAUAACUUUGGUGAAAUGGAAGUUCCUAGCUUUAUAGGAUCUCUUGGAAACUUGAGGUAUCUUAAUCUCUCGCGUUCCGUGUUUGGUGGAACAAUCCCUCCACAACUGGGGAAUCUGACAGAAUUGCGCGUCCUAUGUCUUGGAAGUUUUUAUGAUAUUGAAGAUAGUGAUGAAUACGAAUAUACUACAAUCACCAACAUGAAGUGGCUGUCAAGUCUCCGUUUGUUACAUCACCUGGAUUUGAGUGGCAUGGACCUUAGUAAGGCAACAGACUGGCUUGAGGUUAUUAACACCCUUCCUUCUUUGGUUGAACUACAUUUGUCCCAUAGUCAACUUUUGUGUAUACAUCCUUAUGUUGCUAAUCUUACUGUCACAUCUCUUUCCUUUCUUGAUCUUUCUGGAAAUGAUUUUAAUGACAACUGUGUGCUGCAGUGGAUUUUCAGUAAAACUAGUCUGGUUUCACUAGAUUUACGUGGGUGUGGUCUUCAUAGCCCUAUUCCUAGAAGCGUUGAUAGCUUUCGUAACUUGACUUCUCUCAAGUCGCUUCACGUUCACGGGAAUGAUUUCAUGAGUUCUUCAUUAGUGUUAAAAGGGUUGUCUAGUGUAGGUGGUAAUCUCAUUUCAUUAGAUAUUAGUUCUUGCGGUAUUUCAAGUUCACUUCUUGCUUCCCUUCACAACCUGACUUCCAUACUUACCCUUGACCUGUCAUAUAAUGUACUCAACAAGACAAUACCUACAUCAUUGGGGAAUCUUUGCAAUUUGAGACAUAUUGGUCUAGAUGGUAACUCGUUUCCUGAUAUUAGCUUUACAAGCCUUCUUGAAAGCUUUUUUGAGUGCAAAUCACCAAAAUUGGAGUCCUUAUCUCUUCGGUCUACAGGACUUUCAAGCCAUCUUCCAACUCAACUUGGACAACUUGUAUAUCUGGAGAAUCUCCAACUUGAAAAUAACCAUAUUGAUGGUACUAUUCCUGAAUCAAUAGGAAGAUUAACUCUCUUGAGGUCGCUAUAUCUUGCAAAGAAUCUUAUCUCGGGUCCAAUACCAUAUUCAGUCGGAGAAUUGUCCUCGGUUGAGGUGUUAGAUCUUUCAAAUAAUCGACUCAAUGGCAGCCUUCCUGAUAGCCUCGGUCAACUUUCAAAGAUAAUUUAUUUAGAUUUUUCUUACAACUUUUUAACCGGUGUUGUGACAGAAGCUCAUUUUGACAAACAAGCUAAACUGAAGUACCUAAAUGGAGUAGGCAACUACCUAUCCCUAAGACCGCGCCUUGUGAACUGGGUUCCCUCUUUCCAGUUGCAGUUCUUGUAUUUAAGUUCGUGGAACUUAGGGCCUCAAUUUCCAUUGUGGUUGCAGCUGCAGAGGGAUUUAGUAGAACUGGAAAUUAGCAAUACAAGGAUUACAUCAAUGAUUCACGAGGCAUUUUGGAAAUCAUGGCCUAAUCUACAAUAUCUAAAUAUGUCACGAAACCAAAUUCAAGGAAGGUUGUUUCGUAUCCCUGCAUCGCUUCAAGUACUUGCCUUGAAUUCUAACGAACUUAGCGGGCAACUCCCUGAACUCUCUGAAAUUAAUUCACAUACAAAGAUUAUGGAUUUGUCAAAUAAUUCCUUUGGGGGAUCUUUGCGUCUUUUGGUGUGUCCUUACGGUGAGAAAACUCUAGAAAUUCUUAAUUUGGCUAACAAUAAUCUAUCAGGUGACAUUCCUGAGUGUUGGAGGAAGUGGCCGUAUUUAGUAUUUCUAAACUUGGAAAACAACCACUUGUUUGGUGGUAUACCAAGAACUUUCGGAUCAUUAUCUUCUCUGCAGUUAUUAAAUAUAUACAACAACAAGCUCUCUGGAGGAGUACCUACUUCUCUAAAGAACUUGACAAAUUUAAUAAUGCUUCAACUUGGAAGAAAUGAGCUUGUUGGACCAAUUCCGACUUGGUUUGGAACAAAACUCUUGAGUUUGAAAAUUCUUAACCUCCGAUCAAACAAAUUUAAUGGAAAUCUGACUCAUGAGCUUUGUUUCCUUACCGGUAUUCAGAUCUUGGAUCUUUCUCAUAAUAAUCUAUCGGGACAUAUACCAAGAUGUUUCAACAAUUUCACUUUACUCUCUGGGAAAGAAACUACCUCAAGUGAUAGAUUUAUCUUCUCUUAUACUAGACAGAUCAUUGGCAGUGCUUCAUUGUUUAUAAAGGGACGAGAGGAUACAUAUAGCACUAUUCUCGGACUUGUGUUGAUGUUGGACUUUUCAAGUAACAGUUUUUCUGGGAGCAUCCCAAGUGAGCUAAUGGACCUCCCAGCAUUACAAUCUUUGAAUUUGUCAAGAAAUCAGUUGAUAGGGAGAAUCCCUGAGAACAUUGGAGAUCUGAAAUCACUUUUUUCAUUUGAUGUAUCUCUUAAUCGGCUUUCUGGGGAGCUUCCUAAGACCUUGUCAAGCUUGAAUUUUUUGAGUAGCUUCAAUGUGUCCUAUAACAAUUUGACAGGAAAAAUCCCACUGGGCACCCAGCUUCAGAGCUUCAACGAGUCAUGCUUCUCAGGCAACAAGCUUUGUGGAGAUCCACUCACUGAAAGUUGUUCAAUUGAUCAGGCACCUAACAGAUACGAAGAAGAAGACGAUGAAUCACAUGGAGAAGAUCGGGACUUGGUUAUUAGCAUAAUGUGUGGAUUCCUUGCUGGUUUCUGGCUGGUGUUAGUUCCGUUGAUAGUUAGCACCACAUGGAGAACUGCACAUUUCCGUUUCUUGAGUCAUCUGAGAUGUAUAUUUUGUAAUGCUAUUCAGAAGUACUGUUGUAAUCUUCUUUCCAGGCGAGAGAUAUUUACAAGUGAAAUAAACAACCCUAUUUUGUUGGGUUAUUCAGUUUGUUUGCGGGUCACACGAGUCGACGCGUUAUCGGGUCAUGAGUCAAAUGGUCGAAUGGGUCAUCCGGGUUGUUCCUUCCAGCAUAUGCUAAUAUUGAAAAAGGAAUUAUACCUAGAAUUUAGAAUCUGCACGUUUGUGUGA